AUGGCAAGAUGUAGUAAAUGGAGCCUUCAGAGUGGUGCACCUGAGUGGACUGGUGGCAGAAGGCUGGCCCAUGAAAUCUCCUAUAGCGAGCAGGCUGUGAGCAACCUGGAGAGGAUUCUUGAUCAGGGCAACACAGGUAGCCACCAACUGCAGAUGCGAGCUAUGGAGAUACUGGCAGAAUUGGCUUUGGAUUCGUCCGCUAACCUCGCCACAGAAACAAAAGAAAAUCUGAUCAACAAGCAGCUGCAGAUCUUCCUUGAUGAAGGAAAAGAAGAAGACCUUAGGGUUACGGCUGGGAAAACACUACUGGCAUUACUAUCCAAGACUACAAGAACUAUCUCCGUGGUGUGUAUAAUGCGCAUAUACAAUCCCAUUGUUGAUCAAGUCACUGAAAUGCUUGAUGCUAAGAACAAGGCCAUAUACAGAACAAUAGCAGCUGAGAUCUUGGAGAAUUUUUUUGCUCUACAUACGAUGGACAAGAAUCAUGUGAAGAAUACCUUGCUGCCAAAGGUGCGGGCUGAAGUAUUAACCAGUAAAAAGAAGCCGCCAUCAGAAGCACCGGAAAGGCAGGCAUCCAAAGGAUCAGGAGAUAUUGAAGAAAAUCCACUUCAAGACGACGAAGAAAAUCAACGUCUGGAACAUAAAGUCCACAUCAAUUCAUCCGAGCAAAAUGAGAAGCAGGCAGCCAUGCUGGAAUUGAAGGAAGCAUUGUUAUCCCUUACUUUGGUGAUAUUUGACAAGCUGAUAAUCAGUGCAGAGGAUUUUGAUGAAGUGGCUCAAAAGGUUGCCCCAGGAGAAGGUGAAUUUGUGGCGAAGCUCAAGACUAUAGUAGAAGAGAACUCCGACGGCACGGCUAAUAGCCUAAGAAUCGUCAAGCUUUGCGGUCAGAUUGCGGUUACAAUGAUGCGGGGUAGCCAGUACUUCGCACACCUCAAGGAUCAGAAAUUUGUGGAGACACUGUCCAAGGCUUCAAGAAUCACGUGUAACCUUGAAAGCUGCAUGCUCUUCGCUGGGACUGAUGGUGGCGCGAAGAAGACUGCCACGCCCCUCCUCUCAGAUCUUGUGAAAGAAGCAGAAGCGUUGGUUGCUUAA